AAAAUGGAUGGAAGUAAUCAGUCCUUGGUAUCAGAAUUUGUGCUUUUGGGACUUGCCCGCUCACAGAAUCUUCAGGUCUUACUCUUCAUAAUAUUUUUGAUGGUGUAUAUGCUCAUUCUAUCUGGAAAUACUAUUGUUAUGUUCUUAAUCAUCACUGACAAGAAUCUACAUUCCCCCAUGUACUUCUUUUUGGCCAACCUGUCCUUUGUUGAUAUGUGGCUUUCCUCAGCCACCACUCCUAAGAUGAUCACAGAUUUUCUCAAAGAACCAAAGAUCAUCUCCUUUGUAGGCUGUAUGUCCCAGGUCUUCUUUGACCAUUGUGUUGGUGCAGUAGAGAUGUUGCUGUUGGUGGUAAUGGCUUAUGACCGUUAUGUGGCCAUCUGCAAACCACUUCAUUAUUUCACUAUUAUGAGCCUGAAAAGAUGUACUGGGUUGGUGUUAACUUCCUGGGCAAUUGCCUUUGUGCAUGCCAUGAGUCAGCUUUUGGCAGUUGUGAAACUGCCUCUCUGUGGUCAUAUGGUAAUUGACAGUUUCUUCUGUGACAUACCACUUAUAAUCAAGCUAGCUUGCAUGGAUUCCCAUAUUUUGGAUAUUUACAUGAAUGUUGACUGUGGGUUUGUGGUUGUAACCUGCUUUAUUCUGUUGCUCAUAUCUUACACAUAUAUCCUUCUCACUGUUCGUCAGAGCUCUAAAGCUGGGGCAUCUAAGGCUUUGUCCACAUGCACUGCUCACAUCACAGUAGUGAUGAUCUUUUUUGUGCCCUGCAUCUUCAUCUAUGUGUGGCCCCUCAGUAUCACCUGGUUAGAUAAAUUUCUUGCUGUGUUUUAUACUGUUUUUGCACCUCUCCUAAAUCCAGCCAUUUAUACACUAAGAAAUAAAGAGAUGAAAAAUGCUGUAACGAAGUUAAAAAACCAUUUUUUGAAUUAUAAGGGAAAUACUUAA